CCGAUAGAAAGAAGGAUGAGUGUGUGUGUGUAUGUCUGCAUCAUGAGUAUGUCUGCUUUAUUGUUUUCUCUUUUUUUUUUUCUUUCUUUUGUUUUGGAAGGAGAAAUCAGAGUGAAAUGAAAGAAACUCCUGCAGAGCUAAGCCAUUCUGUGGUAGAAAGUCCCAAGCAGUGGUUGAUGGAUGAUGGAUCCUGUGACUUUACUCGGAGAAAAAGCUGUGCAACACAUGAGAGAAUCCAGCUUAGAGAGAGACAUUGUGAAUGUACCGAAUGUGGAAAAGGUUUUAUAAAAAAGGAAAAUCUUAUUGUACAAUCGGGAAUCCACACUAGAGAGAAGCCUUCUGAAUGUAACCACUGUGGAAAGGCUUUUAGAAAUAAGAAAGAUCUCACUGAUCAUCAGAGAAUCCACACUGGAGAGAAAUUUUAUGAGUGUAACCAAUGUGGAAAGGCCUUUAGAGACAAGAGGACUCUUAUUGUACAUGAGAGAAUCCACACUGGAGAGAAGCCUUAUGAAUGUAACCAAUGUGGAAAGGCUUUUAAAGACAAGAAAGUUGCUACUGUACAUCAGAAAAUCCACACUGGAGAGAAACCUUAUGAAUGUAACCAGUGUGGAAAGGCUUUUAAAAGCAAGGGAAAUCUUACUAGACAUCAGAUAAUGCAUACUGGAGAGAAGCCUUAUCAAUGUAACCAGUGUGGAAAGGCUUUUAGAGACAAGAGCGCUCUUACCGAACAUGAGAGAAUCCAUACUGGAGAGAAGCCUUAUGAAUGUAACCAGUGUGGAAAGGCUUUUAGAAGAAAGAGAAAUCUUAUUCUUCAUCAGCAAACACACACUGGAGAGAAAACAUAUGAAUGUAACCAAUGUGGAAAGUCUUUUAGAAAAAAGGGAAAUCUUAGUGUUCAUCAGCAAACACACACUGGAGAGAAACCUUAUGAGUGUAACCAAUGUGAAAAGGCUUUUAGAAGCAAGAGGAAUCUUAUUUUACAUAUGAGAAUUCACACUGGAGAGAAACCUUAUGAGUGUAACCAAUGUGAAAAGGGCUUUAGAGACAAGAGGUAUCUUAUUGUACAUGAGAGAAUCCACACUGGAGAGAAGCCUUAUCAAUGUAACCAAUGUGAAAAGACCUUCAGAGACAAGAGGUAUCUUAUUGUACAUGAGAGAAUCCACACUGGAGAGAAGCCUUAUCAAUGUAACCAGUGUGAAAAGGCUUUUAGAAGAAUAGGACAUCUUAUUGAACAUCAGAGAAUCCACACUGGAGAGAAGCCUUAUCAAUGUAACCAGUGUAGAAAGGCGUUUAGUAGAAUAGGACAUCUUAUUGAACAUCAGAGAAUCCACACUGGCAAGAAGCCUUAUCAAUGUAACCAGUGUGGAAAAGCUUUUACACACAAGAUAGCUCUUACUGUACAUGAGAAAAUCCACACUGGUCAAAAGCCUUAUGAAUAUAACCAAUGUGGAAAGGCUUUUAGAACGAAGGGAAAUUUUAUUGUUCAUCAGCAACCACACACUGGAGAGAAACCUUAUGAGUGUAACCAAUGUGAAAAGGCCUUUAAAGACAAGAGGACUCUUACUGUACAUGAGAGAAUCCACACUGGAGAGAAGCCUUAUAAAUGUAACCAAUGUGGAAAGGGUUUUAGAGACAAGAGAGUUGUUAGUAGACAUCAGAGAAUUCACACUGGAGAGAAGCGUUAUGAAUGUAACCAGUGUGGAAAGGCUUUUACAGAAAAGGGACAUCUUACUGUACAUCAGAUAAUGCAUACUGGAGAGAAGCCUUAUCAAUGUAACCAGUGUGGAAAGGCUUUUACACAAAAGGGAGCUCUUAAUGUACAUCAGAUAAUGCACACUGGAGAGAAGCCUUAUGAAUGUAACCAGUGUGGAAAGGCUUUUACACAAAAGGGAGCUCUUACUGCACAUCAGAGAACCCACACUGGAGAGAAGCCUUAUGAAUGUAACCAGUGUGGAAAGGCUUUUACACAAAAGGGAGCUCUUACUGCACAUCAGAGAACCCACACUGGAGAGAAACCUUAUGAAUGUAACCAGUGUGGAAAGGCUUUUAGAGAAAAGGGACAACUUACUAAACAUCAGAUAAUGCAUACUGUAGAGAAGCCUUAUCAAUGUAACCAGUGUGGAAAGGCUUUUACACAAAAGGGAGCUUUUACUGUACAUCAAAUAAUGCACACUGGAGAGAAGCCUUAUCAAUGUAACCAGUGUGGAAAGGCUUUUACACAAAAGCGAGCUCUUACUGUACAUCAGAGAACCCACACUGGAGAGAAGCCUUAUCAAUGUAACCAGUGUGGAAAGUCUUUUAGAGACAAGAGCACUCUUACUGUACAUGAGAGAAUCCACACUGGAGAGAAACCUUAUGAGCGUAACCAAUGUGGAAAGCGUUUUAGACAUAAAUCUAGUCUUACUGACCCUGAACGUACCCACACUUAAAGAAACUUUAUGACUGUAAUCAAUGCUGGAAAGCUUUUGCAAAUAGAGGAUUUUUUUUACUAGAUGUCAAAGAAGCCAAACUGGACAGAAACCUUCUUAACAUAACCAAUGUGGAAAGGCUUUUGAGGGAAAUCUGGGACGCUAAUAUAUUAUUGGUGGAAAUGUGAACAGAUCCAACUAAUUCUCUCGCCCAACAGCUAUCAAAAGGUGCAUAGCCUUUGAAUUAGCAAUAUUUCUACUGGGCUUAUUUGCCAAAGAGAUCCUAAAGGAGGGAAAAGGACUCACAUGUGCAGAAAUGCUUCUUCAGCCCUGUUUGUAGUGGCAAGAAACUGGAAACUGAGUAGAUGCCCAUCAGCUGGGAAAUGCUGAAUAAGUCAUAGCACAUUAAUGUUGUGGAAUAUUAUUGUUCUAUAAGGAAUGAUCAGGAUGAUUCCAGAGAUGCCUGGUGAGAUCUACAUUAACUGAUGGAAAGUGAAGUGAGCAGCACCAGGAGAUCAUCAUACAUGGCAACAGCAAGACUAUACAAUGAUCAGUUCUGAUGGACGUGGCUCUUUUCAACAAUGACGUGAUUCAGGCCACUUCCAAUGAUCUUGUGAAGAAGAGAGCCAUCUACCCUGAGAGAGGACUGUGGGAACUGAGUGUGGAUGUAGCAUUUACACUCUUUGUGCAUCUAACAAGUAGGAGGGAGUAGACCAAAAACACUGGUGAGGGAGGAUUCCCAGGGCUGCUGUCACCUUCUGUGAGACGAGUCUCAGCUGCCCCAAGCACAAUAUAUCCAAGCCUCUGAAGCCAGCUUGGGGCCAGUUUCCUCUCCCAGAUGCUCCUUUUCAAACCUGGCAGAGGGUCUUCAUUCAAUUGCCCGCUGCCCAUGAUUCCAAAUAUGCUUUGGGGAUGGUCUGUAUCCUUUCCCGCUGGGUGGCAGAGUUCCCCUGUCAUACUGCCAUGGGCUUUAGGCUAGCAAAAAUCCUCUUAGAAAAAAAGCAUUUCGACCAGCAGGAUGAAUACAGAGAGGCUUGGAGAGACCUACAUGAACUGAUGCUAAGUGAAAUGAGCAGAACCAGGAGAUCAUUAUACACUUCGACAACGAUAUUGUAUGAGGACAUAUUUUGAUGGAAGUGGAUUUCUUUGACAAAGAGACCUGAGUUUCAAUUGAUAAAUGACGGACAAAAGCAGCUACACCCAAAGAAAGAACACUGGGAAACGAAUGUGAACUAUCUGCAUUUUUGUUUUUCUUCCCGGAUUAUUUAUACCUUCUGAAUCCAAUUCUCCCUACGCAACAAGAGAACUGUUCGGUUCUGCAAACAUAUAUUGUAUCUAGGAUAUACUGCAACAUAUCCAACAUAUAAAGGACUGCUUGCCAUCUAGGGGAGGGGGUGGAGGGAGGGAGGGGAAAAAAAAAUCGGAACAGAAAUGAGUGUAAA